UUAGCAAACAUCCAUAUCUGCAUGUAUCAUGUAAUACCUAAUUAUAAUCAUUACGUAUUACUACAAACUGAAAUAGUCCAUUUUAGUUAUUAGGCAUUUAAUUAUAGCAAACAAAUCAAUCUACAAUGGAUUUAAAGGGUAUGGCUGUGGCAGUCUUUAAAGGCAUUCGAGAUAGUUUGAGAGGAACAAUUACAUUGUUUUACAUGGAUAAAGAAAUGAAUGAACGAAUGUUAAAUAGAUUAUCACCAACUAAAUCAGAAUCUGUAAAAAGUGGUAGAGAAAGCGCAACUCCAACUAAAAACUUCUCCAAAUUUGAGGAAUCGAAAGUUUUAAAGCGAACAAUUCAGUGUUGUGCAUUAAAUGGGGGAGUAUUUUUACUAAGUAUACUUUUAUUCGAAUGGGGUCUAUUGCCUAGUCUUAACUUUGUAUUGCAAAAGAUAUUUGGUAAAGACUCUUUUAUGGGAAAUCUAGUUUGGUCCUGGAUGGAACCGAUCCUCUCUUUUACUUUCAAAACUUUCUGGGUUGUGCCAUUGUUUUUAUUAAGUAAAGUUGUUAAUAGCUUAUGGUUUCAAGAUAUUGCAGAUUCUGCAUACAAAUAUAGUCGCAGACGUCAUCAAUUUAUGCAAAGUAUAAGUAAAUUACUUGCUGAUUCUAUAUUCAGUAUAAUUGUCCAAACGCUGUUUUUAAUUCAAACAAUGCUGGUCAAUUUUAUACCAAUAUACAUGGUCGGUUAUGGCCUUUAUUUAAUACAUAUGAGCCUUUUAUAUUCACUGUAUUCAUUUGAAUAUAAAUGGUUCAAUAUGGGAUGGGAACUUCACAAAAGAUUAGCUUACAUUGAGACUAAUUGGCCAUACUUUAUUGGUUUUGGUCUUCCUCUGGCUAUAUUAACACAAAUAUCUGAUUCGUGGUUUAUUAGUGGCUGUAUAUUUUCUAUUUUAUUUCCAUUAUUUAUUAUCAGUGGGAAUGAAGCAGGGCCUGUAACAGGAGUAUGUGACUAUCCUCUUCAUUUGUUUUCUCCAGUGAUUGCUUUAUCAGACAUGAUGUUUAAUUCUACAAUAGGAAUAAAGCCUACUACCGUGAGAGUUACUGAAACAUCCAAAAGAUGAUUAUUACCUGAUUUUUUACUGUCUAUUUAUUAUCGGGAACGCAUAAAAAAAUCAAAAUAAACUAUAUUUGUGCAAAUGAAAACGCUUUAUACCAAAGCACAUUUAUAUGUGGAUGCACACGAUAUCUUCUUUUUUUUUUACUUUGUAAUAAUAGCUUUUUUGCUGGUUUUAUAUAUUUACUAACUGCCAUGUUGAGAAUACAUUCAGUGCUUACUUGAAAAGCUGUUGUAUUUAUUGUUUAUACUUGUAAAUAAACGCAUUUUAUACCAUUCAA